AUGGCAUUUCGCAAGCAAGCCCUCCGUGAGGCACUGAUUGUACCAUUUCCAGAGAUUGUACAAGAGUUUCUGCUGAUCUCACAGCAUGUGUUUGAUGAUCUCAGUGUCUCAGUAUCCUUGUCCUGGGUUGGCGAUGGCACUGGGAUCAUUCUAGUCUUGACCACCUUCCAUGUACCACUGGUAAUUAUGACUUUCGGACAGUCCAAGCUGUAUCGAAGCAACCUGAAGAAGUAUGAAAAGGGAUCUAGUUCCAAGGAGAUUAGGCUAACCUCACUGAGUGGCAAAACAAUAAAGGAAGAUGAAGGAGAAGAUGCAACAAGAAGGAUUCAUGUGUCAACAGAUCAAGGGGACACAUGGAGCAUGGCCCAGCUACCUUCUGUGGGGCAGGAACAAUUCUAUUCUAUUCUAGCAGCUAAUGAUGACAUGGUGUUCAUGCAUGUAGAUGAACCUGGAGAUACCGGAUUUGGCACAAUCUUCACCUCAGACGAUCGAGGCGUUGUCUAUUCCAAGUCCUUAGACCGACAUCUGUACACCACCACAGGUGGUGAGACAGACUUUACCAAUGUGACCUCCCUCCGCGGGGUCUACAUAACAAGUGUGCUCUCAGAAGAUAAUUCUAUCCAGACUAUGAUCACUUUUGACCAAGGAGGAAGAUGGAAGCACCUGAGGAAGCCUGAAAACAGUGAAUGCGAUGCUACAGCAAAAAACAAGAAUGAGUGCAGCCUUCAUAUUCACGCUUCCUACAGCAUCUCCCAGAAGCUAAACGUUCCAAUGGCCCCACUCUCAGAGCCUAAGGCUGUCGGCAUAGUCAUUGCCCACGGUAGUGUAGGGGAUGCCAUCUCAGUGAUGAUCCCGGAUGUGUACAUAUCAGAUGAUGGGGGUUACUCCUGGGCGAAGAUGCUGGAAGGACCCCACUAUUACACCAUCCUGGAUUCCGGAGGCAUCAUUGUGGCCAUUGAGCACAGCAGCCGCCCUAUCAAUGUGAUUAAGUUCUCCACAGACGAGGGCCAGUGCUGGCAGACCUACACGUUCACCAGGGAGCCCAUCUACUUUACCGGCCUGGCCUCAGAACCUGGAGCUCGGUCCAUGAAUAUCAGCAUUUGGGGUUUCACAGAAUCCUUCCUGACUCGCCAGUGGGUCUCCUACACCAUUGAUUUUAAAGAUGUCCUUGAAAGGAACUGUGAGUACCUCCUUUGACAUUUUCUACCAGAAACUUAUAAGCCCGUUUUUCU